GACCAGGCUAGAAGCUGGAGAAACUUGUUUGCCGCACAAAAACAAGCCAUAAAGAGACAAGAGAAGCGACUCCCAACUGCAGCAGAAAACCUCUUUUUGCAUCCUAAGCUUCAGACUAGACGAUCCUCACAAACUGUUCAUCCAUUCAUUCAUAUAUACUUGACAUAAAUCUUACUAUUUUUUUUUGCAAGAAUGUCAGAGAAUAUAUCUCAGUCGGCACAAUAAAACUCUGCUGCCUCUGAUCUCUCCUUGUUUUAUCCUCAUAUAAUAUGAAAAUACUAACGUGAAACUUCACAAAACUCUGUUGCUUCACAUACACUCUUGUCUCUCUCCAGCCCCAAGCUUAGAUCAACACCAGGUAAUUGACUAAGCAUUGUUUGGCAAAACCAAGAACGGGCCUUUUCUGCUUGUCCUUUCUCAACCCUCUCAGAAUAUGGUCUUUCCCUUCUCCAAAUUUCAACCAUUUUCUUCUCCUCAAACUCAAAUCUCUACCUUUUGUUCUUUUCUGCUCUUUUUUGUUGAGUUUUUUCUCUCGAUUUGAGGUGGGCUCCUCGUUUUUCUGUUUGUUUUUACUUAUUUUGGGAGAUGGGAGACUGUUUUCUUGAUCUUGAAGUGGAUGUCAAUGGAGAAGAGGUUUUCAUGGUGAAUAAGAGAGUUAUAUCUUCUUACUCAGGAAGAAUAAGCAAAUUGUUCAGUAAAUCAAUAGGUGUAAAUGGUCGUCUGAAGGUGAUAUUCAAUGACUUCCCUGGUGGAGCGGCAAAUUUUGAGCUCAUCACAAGGUUCUGCUACAACGACGGAAGAGUCAGUAUAAAUCCUCUUAAUAUUUCUAACCUUACUUGUGCUGCACAGUAUAUGGAAAUGAACAAGUCUGCCUCUGGAACCGAAAAUUUGUGUGAGCGAACAGAGAAAUCAAUGGAAGAGGUUAAGUAUUGGACUUGGUCUGAGCUUUUGGUAGCUCUGAAGCAGUGCCAAGAUCUACUCCCAGGAGUUGCUAGUUCUUUCAGUAUACUCGCCAAGUGCUUGGAUUCUCUGGUUGGGAGAGUCGCAUCAUCGUGCGAAGCGAGUCCAUGUCCGUCCAUUUCUUCAUCGGAUAGCUCGGGAUUUCGAUUGUCGUGCGACACGAGAAGCACCGAGAGCUUAAAGGCCACUUCUUUCCGGACAACAUGGUGGUUCGAAGACCUUGUCGUCUUGGACACUGAACUGAUUCAAAUGAUGGUAAAGUUGAUGGAAUCGAAAAACUUUGACCAUGGAAUUGUUAGUAGAUUUCUCUUUUACUAUCAAAAAUCAAGAUUCGCUGCUUCCGCCUCAGCCGAAGAGAAAAUUAAGGUCGUCGAAACAGUAGUUGAGAUGCUUAGUUCUUUGGACAUAAGGUCUGUGUCGUACAAGAGUUUGUUCGGUCUGCUGAGAGUUGCAUUAAACAUGAAGUUAAGCCAGCGCUGCCGGGAGAAUUUAGAGAGCAUGAUCGGUUCACAAUUAGACCAAGCAACCUUAGAUAACUUGCUCAUCCCAUCUCCAGCCCGGAAAAGUCACCUGUACGACGUGAACCUGGUUCUUAGAUUCUUGAAAUCAUUUCUUGGAAAAGGAGCUUGUUGCGUACCAUUGAGCCGACUGAAGAAAGUUGCCAGCUUGAUGGAUUUAUAUCUGGCAGAAGUCGCCCCAGAUCCUCACUUGAAACCAUCAAAGUUCUUGGCCCUGAUCACGGCCCUGCUAUACCGUGCUACGAGUUUGUAUCUAGAGGUUCACUCAGCCUUGUCAGACGACCAAAAGAUGAAAGUCUGUUUCGGCCUAAACUAUGAGAAGCUCUCGCCCGAAGCUUUCGACCACCUAGCUCAGAACGCCAACUUCCCAUCAAAAUCCACUGCACAAGCCCUCAUCUCUCAGCAGCGCAAACUGAAAAGCUUGCUCCAAGAUGCAAACGAAGGCGGCUCAAAUAAAGAAGAGAGCUCUAAGCAGAUUGUACUCUACGCGAAGAAAUUCAGUCUUUCCGACGAGAACGAAAAGCUCAAAGCACAUCUGCAAGGGAUGCAGUGGAGAGUGCUGGAGCUGGAGAAAGUUUGCAGUAAAAUGCAAAUCCAAAUGACAAAGAUGAUGAAAUCAAGAAUGUCAAGCCACAGUUCUGCUAAGUCUGUACCUAGGCUUUGUUCAUAGUAAUGAAUCUUUAUUCAUUCAAUUUUGUGCUUUUUUCCAGCCUUCAGCAUUGUCACAUAUGCGUAUGUACAUAGCAUGGGAAAUGUAUUUUUGUGGUUGUGUAUAAUUUAGGAUAAAUUACAUUUAUACUUUUUGAGAUUACGCCAAAAUAUAUAAACAUCCUU